AGGUUCCAGCGUGUCUUGGCCCCGAGUUCCGAGUUGUAAAUAAUUAUUUUAGUCGCCAGAAUGAUCCCACCGCUGGGUUCCGCCCUCAUUUGGCUGGUGGUGCUGCUGCUCCUGAUGGAACUGGCUGAGGUGUGGUCCAGUUGCUGUGCCUGCCCAGCGCCCCGCUGCAAAAUCGCACAGUGGCCAUGCUGCACCAAGAAGUCAAAGUGGUACCACUCGUUUUUCGGUUAGCAAAUGGAGAUUGCACAUUUCUGUAAU